AUGCCGUCGUCCAACUGGGCGUCGACGCCUCCGAUUCCAAGCGACAAACGUCCGAUCGUGCUGUCGGGUCCUUCGGGUGUGGGCAAGAGUACACUUCUGAAAAAGUUGUUUCAAGAGUUCCCCAAUGACUUUGGUUUUUCCGUAUCUCAUACAACAAGAGACCCUCGACCAGGCGAGGUCCGCGGCCAGUCGUACCACUACGUCUCACAGCAAGAAUUCCAAGACCUUGUUCAACAGGGCGCGUUUCUCGAACACGCCAAGUUUGGCGGCAACCGAUACGGCACUACCGCCAAGGCGGUGGCUGACGUAUCCACCGAAGGCGUCAAAGGUGCAGAUGGAAGCACAGCCGCGCGUCGCGCUAUCCUCGACAUCGACGCUCAAGGCGUCAAGCUCAUCAAGGCCAACCACGCUUCGUUGAACCCGAUCUACAUCUUUAUCUCUCCACCUUCGUUUUCGACUCUCAAGCAGAGGUUGAUAGGUCGAGGCACCGAGACACCAGAGUCAGUCAACAAGAGGCUCUCUAUGGCUGCCACCGAGAUGGCUUAUGCCAGGGAAAAGGGAGCGCACGAUUGGGUCAUUGUCAAUGACGAUUUGGAAAAGGCUUAUGGCUUGUUGAAGAAGGCGAUCAACGAAACUUUGAAAAAGGGCGAGGAUGAUAGCAUGCCUGCUAAGGAUCAGGACGAGGAAGAUUGGGAGAAGCAGCAGCAGCAGCAGCAGUAG